UAAAUAAUGGAACUUAUAUCAUUAAGAUUUGGAUUUUUCUUUUUUAAAGUAUUAAGUAAACUCCAAAUGAAAUUAUCUUGGUAUUUAAGAUUUUUAUACGUAUUUAAAAGUUGAGGGAAAGGAGGGAUUUGUUGAGAAAUUGGGUGAAAUUUUAGAGAGAGAAGGGUGAAACUUGGAAUUAAUCAAAGAAGAGAAAAGAGGGAAAUUAUUUUAUAAAUAGGAAAAGAAAAGGAAAAGAAAAGGAAAAGAAAAGGAAAAGAAAAGAGAAGAGGGAGAGAAGAAAACCCUAGCCGCGCCGCCGCCGCCGCCGCGAGCCGCCGCCGCCGCCGUCGCGAAACCCUAGCCGCCUACCCACGCCACACGCACAGCCGCGCCAGAAUUCGUCCAAGCUUCCUCGCACGCCGAAGCCGAGUCGAAGCCGUCCAUUCACGCGUCUGCAAGACGACUGGAAGCCGAAGCCACCCCUCGCGCCGCUUCGAUCCGAGGCAGAUCAGCCGAAACUCGUCGCGCCCCGAAGCCGAGAUCCAUCUCCACGUCGAAGCCGCGUCGCCAGCCGAACGCGUCUGCAAAUCGGAGCCGCGAACGCGCCUACACCCGAGCCGCACCGAAGCCGCGAACGCGCCUGCCUCCAGCCGACGGACGAAACCGAACCCGGAACCACCACCCGCGCGUCCGAACCCGGAACCGCCCGCGCGCCCGAAACCGAAACCCGCGUCCGCGCCACACGUGCCCAGCUCUCCCCGCGUGCAGCCGCGCCGCGCCGUGCGUUCCGCGUAGCCGAGCCGCGCCCCCUCCCUGUAGCAAGCCGAGCCGCACGCGAAGUCCCUGUACCGAGCCGAGCCGCGCCUACGCCAAGCCGAGCCGGUCCUGUCUUCUUCCAGUCGAGCCGCCAAGCCUGUUUUGGCUCCUUCCACCUAAAUUUUUGCAAAUUGGACCAAAUAGCUGCUGCAGCUUAGGACUUCCUCAGUAGGAACCCAUCUAGCAACAUCUCGAGGUAGAGGACGAGGUAAGGGCAAGGGCAAACUGGCGAGCGACUCGAAGUGAGACCGUGAAGGGCCAUAGGGGCUACCGCUUCCGCUUACCUUUAUUUCAGAUUUUCGCACUUGAGUUCGAGUACUUUCAUUAUUUACCAUCUUUAUGUAGAUAGGGCCCGCUUAGGGAUUUUAAACUUAACUCGUAUUUCUACAUGUUACUUUAACUAUCUUUCAUAAAUAAAUUUGCUAGAUUUCUUUGCAUUUAUUUACACCAGAUUUUAUGACUUAAACACUGAUCCUAGAUUUAGUAACCACUUCGAUUCAGCAUAAAGAGUCGGGUCGUUACAGUUGGUAUCAGAGCGCAGUGUUUUAGGUCCUGUAGACUGACUUAUGAUGUAAGUCAUUUUGUUUUGAUUUUACCUCACCCUAUGGCUAUACGGUCCUUCGUCACUCGCCAGGUAUGCCUAAAGCUUUACAAAUAUUAAGAUUAUAAUGUUGCCUGAUUAGAUUAGACUUAGAGAGAGAAUAUUGAGCUCUAGUGGUGAAAAAUUUGUUGGUGAAUUUUAGGAAGAAUGCCGCCACGUAGAGGUGCACGUCGAGGAGGUGGCAGGGGAGGCAGAGGAGCCGGUCGUGGCCAACCGGCGGAGCAACCUGCCGCGCCGCCAGUCAACCCCGACGUACCAGUCAACCCUAAUGCACCGGUCACUCAGGCGGAUCUCGCCGCAAUGGAGCAGCGUUACCAGGCCAUGCUGCAAGCUGCUCUAGCGCCGUUCCUCGCUGCUCAGCAGAACCAGGCCGCCCCUGUUCAGGACCAGCCUGUAGUCCCUCCAGCCCCUGUUCAGGACCAGCCCGUCAUCCCUCCAGCCCCGGUGGAAGCUCAGCCGGUGCCAGUACAACUGUCAGCUGAGGCCAAGCACUUGAGGGAUUUUAGGAAGUACAACCCGAAGACUUUCGACGGAUCCUUGGACAACCCCUUUAGAGCCCAGCUGUGGUUGACAUCCAUAGAGACGAUCUUCAGGUACAUGAAGUGCCCAGAAGACCAGAAGGUGCAGUGUGCAGCUUUCUGUUUGGAGGAUAGGGGGACUGCCUGGUGGGAGACUGCUGAGAGGGCGCUGGGAGGAGAUGCCAGCAAGAUCACAUGGGAGCAAUUCAGGGAGAGCUUUUAUGCUAAGUUCUUCUCUGCCAACGUGAAGCACGCCAAGCUCCAAGAGUUCCUAAACUUGGAGCAAGGCAAACUGAGCGUGGAACAGUAUGAUGCCGAGUUCGACCUGUUGUCCCGUUUUGCCCCUGAUGUGGUAAGGGAUGAGGCCGCCAGGACUGAGAGAUUUGUUAAUGGCCUCAGGUUAGACCUCCAGGGUUUUGUACGAGCUCUUCGACCAACCACUCAUGCGGAUGCUCUACGCAUAGCACUGGAUCUGAGCCUGCAUGAGAGAGCUGGUCAAUCUAAGGUUGUCGGCACAGGGUCAGCCUCGGGACAGAAGAGGAAGGCGGAGGCGCAGCCCGACGUAAUACCACAGCGGACUCCGAGGUCAGGAGGUGUCUUCCAGAGACACCGUCGGGAGCUGGCAGCAGCUGGGAGAACUUUGAGAGAGCUACCCACUUGUACUACCUGUGGGAAGGUCCAUGGAGGACAAUGUUUAGCUGGGAGUGGAGUCUGCUUCAGGUGCAGGCAGCCGGGGCACACCGCUGAUGCGUGUCCUCGGAAACCCUUAGAGACGACGCCACGUCAGCCUUCUGCUCCCCAGCAAGGGAGAGUCUUUGCCACGAACCGGCAGGAGGCCGAGCGAGCUAGUACGGUGGUGACAGGUACGCUCCCAAUCUUGGGGCAUUAUGCUUUGGUACUAUUUGACUCGGGGUCAUCGCAUUCAUUUAUAUCCUCUAUUUUUGUCAAGCAUGCGGGUUUAGAAGUAGAACCGUUGGGUAGUGCCUUGUCUGUCUCUACUCCUUCUGGAGAGGUCCUUUUGUCUAAGGAAAAAAUAAGGGCAUGUUGGGUAGAAAUAGCAAACCAUACCUUGAAUGUAACUUUACUGGUGCUAGAUAUGCAAGAUUUCGAUGUAAUUUUAGGCAUGGAUUGGUUGUCAACUAACCAUGCAACCAUAGACUGUUUUAAUAAGGAAGUAGUCUUUAACCCUCCUUCCGGGGAUAAGUUUAAGUUUAGAGGAGCAGGCAUGGUGGGUAUACCCAAGGUCAUCUCAGCAAUGAAGGCGAGUAAGCUACUUAGCCAGGGUACUUGGGGUAUCUUGGCGAAUGUAGUAGAUAUGGCAGAACCAGAAGUUUCCCUAUCUUCCGAACCAGUAGUAAGGGAGUACCCUGACGUUUUCCCCGACGAACUCCCAGGACUUCCGCCUCCCAGGGAGGUAGACUUCGCCAUUGAGUUAGAGCCCGGCACCGCCCCUAUUUCUAGAGCUCCUUACAGAAUGGCCCCAGCCGAGUUAAAGGAGUUGAAAGUCCAGUUACAGGAGCUGUUGGACAAGGGCUUUAUCCGGCCCAGUGUAUCACCUUGGGGAGCCCCAGUGUUGUUCGUGAAGAAGAAGGAUGGGUCGAUGCGCCUUUGCAUUGACUACCGAGAAUUGAACAAGGUGACAGUUAAGAACCGCUACCCCUUACCCAGAAUCGAGGACCUGUUCGACCAGUUACAGGGGGCCACCGUCUUUUCCAAGAUCGACCUGCGAUCAGGCUAUCACCAGUUGAGGAUUAGGGACGGUGAUAUUCCCAAGACGGCCUUUCGUUCGAGGUACGGACACUACGAAUUCAUAGUGAUGUCCUUUGUAACUAAUGCCCCUGCAGUGUUCAUGGAUUUGAUGAACAGGGUGUUUAAGGACUUUCUAGACCAAUUCGUCAUAGUCUUCAUUGACGAUAUCUUGAUCUAUUCCAAGACUGAGGCCGAACACGAAGAGCACUUGCACCAAGUCUUGGAGACCCUUCGAGCUCAUAAGCUAUACGCCAAGUUCUCCAAGUGUGAGUUCUGGUUAAAGAAGGUGACAUUUUUAGGGCACGUGGUUUCCAGUGAGGGAGUCUCGGUGGACCCAGCUAAGGUCGAAGCGGUGACCAACUGGCCUCGACCGUCUACAGUCAGUGAGAUUCGCAGUUUUCUGGGUCUGGCAGGAUACUACAGGAGGUUUAGAGAAGAGGACAUAAAGGCCCAGUACCCAGAAAUGUUCGAGGAUUAG